GCUGUCUGGGCCAUGCCCCCCUGGUGCUGCUGCUCCUCUUCUUCACACUCUUCACUGGGCUGCUGGUGGCCAUCCUUGUCCAAGUCUCCAAAAACCCCAGCUCCCAGAGGCAGGAGCAGUCCAAGCAGGACGAGAUCUCCCAGGACCUGUCCCAGCUGAAGGCUGCUGUGGAACGCCUGUGCCGCCCCUGUCCCUGGGAAUGGACAUUCUUCCAAGGAAACUGUUACUUCAUAUCGAACUCCCAGCGGAACUGGCACGACUCCAUCACCGCCUGCCAGGAAGUGGGGGCCCAGCUCGUCGUCAUCAAAAGUGCUGAGGAGCAGAACUUCCUACAGCUGCAGUCUUCCAGAAGUAACCGCUUCACCUGGAUGGGACUUUCAGACCUGAAUCAGGAAGGCACAUGGCAAUGGGUGGAUGGCUCACCGCUGUUGCCCAGCUUCAAGCAGUAUUGGAACAAAGGAGAGCCCAACAAUAUUGGGGAGGAAGACUGUGCGGAAUUUAGUGGCAAUGGCUGGAACGAUGACAAAUGUAAUCUUGCCAAAUUCUGGAUCUGCAAAAAGUCCGCGGCCUCCUGCUCCGGGGAUGAAGAACGGUUGCUCUCCCCAGCCCCUACCACCCCAAACUCCUCUCCUGAGUAGCAGAACUUCACCCACUUUUAAGCUACAGUUCCUUCUCUCCAUCCUGCGACCUUCACAAAAUCUCUGCGACUAUUCUCUGUCAGAUUCUUUCUCCUUUAGAAGGCUGGGUCCACAUUCUGUCCUUCUUAUCAUGCCUCCAAGUUCCCCUGGUAUAGAGCUUGUUUUUCUGGCCCAUCUUUGGAGCUUUAUGAGUGAGCUGGUGUGGGAUGCCUUUGGGGGGGGUGGGCUUGUGUUCUAAGAAUCCACUCUCUCUUCCUUUUGGAGAUCAGAAUAUUUGGGUUGCCAUGUGUAGCUUCUAUGUCCCCUGGGGCAUUAUCUCAUAUAUGCAAACCUACAAUCUGUUCAACUUCCACCUACCACCUCCUGCACCCCUUUGACUGGGGACUUACUGGUUGCAAGAGCUCAUUUUGCAGACUGGAGGUACCAGGGAAUUAAUUCCCCCAGUCUACCAAUGGCACCCAGAGAGGGCAUGGAGGCGCCACAAAACCCCUUCCACCUCCCACAUCUUCCUUUGUCUUAUACAUGACUUCCAU